AUGAGGACUCUUAAACUUCAGCUCGACUACGUUCUGACGAGGAACAUUCCUCAGCCAAAUAUUCGAAAAUCUAGAGCUGCUUGGGACGUCGCGUUCGACUCUGACCAGUUCCAGUUCUCACCUUCAAGAUACGGCUCCACAAGAGAAACCGAGGAGUUCCUCUUCAACCUGAAAAUUGACGCAGCAGGUUUGAAAGACGAGGAAUGCAGAACGAAUUUCCACCGACGUGCAUCUAUUCAUUUUGGAGUGCGGACCAGGAAGAAGUUUAGCGAUGCGGAUUCCUUCACAAAAAGCAUCUAG